GCAGAUAAGUGUUUUAUCAUCUGUCUCUGAGUUGUACUUCCUUCGAUACAAAAAAAAGCUGUUGUGAUAAGAAGCACGAAAGCCUGCGCAAUCAAUAAACCCUAAAAUCCAUCCUAUUUUCACGUCAAGGAUUUGUGUAUAUAUAUUCUACAAGAGCGUAUGUCUUUACCAGUUCGAGUCUGCAACUUUUAUAUCUACAUACUCAGUGUUUCAGAUUGUAACCAAGAAGGAUGCAGGGAAUCAUGUAUGACCAUAUUCAAAAUCUUGACAAGUCGAGGACCAAUUGGAGGAUUAAAGUUCGAUGUACAAGAUUCUGGCAAACAGUAUCCAACGAUAACAACGCGGUCAAGGGAUACAACUUCAUUCUUCUGGAUGAUGAUAAUUCUCAUAUUCAUGCUUAUGUCUACCCUAAUAACUGGAGCGCUAUUGGGAAAGAGGUGGUUGAAGGGAACGUAUACGUUUUUCAGAACUUCCAAGUACGAGAUUCUACUGGAAAAUUGAAGCCCGUGUCAACCAAGCUAUGCAUUCGUUUGCUCAGUUCAACAACUAUUGAAGAACAGUCCAAUGAUCACUUGAUACCCCGCUACAAAUUCGAAUUCAUGGACUUUGGCGAUAUAAAUGAAGAGAGCAAGAAAGUUGUUGGUGAUGAAAACCCUGAAUAUGCAAUAGAUAUUAUCGGGGUAAUUGAGCACUUUGACAAGAUGAAGAAAAUUGACACUAGGAUAGGAAAGAGGGAGGUGACUAGAUUUGUAAUAUCUGAUGGGAGCAUACCUCAUAAGGUUACUCUUUGGGGUGAGUUGGCAAUAGCUGUCAGCUCUGAUUACUACAAGCCUGAGAUUGAACAGCCUGUCAUCUGUAUCCUUACCAGCGCAAAGAUUGGCACGUUCAUGGACAAUGUAUCUGUCGGUACCCUGCCGUCAACAAGGGUUUUUUUUAAUCUUGAUAUCGAGCCUGUUGUUGAAUUCAGGAACCGUCUAAUUGAGGGAGGCUAUAGACCAGGGGUAGGAAAUACCAAUGUCAGUAACAACUAUGCACCUACUCUGGAGCAUGUGUCAUUUGCGGAUCUUAUUGCUAAUCCUGAAACUAUGUUCGCGAAGGCAAGUUUUAUGGGUUCAACUGUAGAAUCACUUGCCUAAUAUUGUUUUAAAUUUCAAUUCUCAGUAAGUUAGCUUUUUACUGUCAUGCAUCUUUUUACAGAAAGCUGUUUUGGCGACCUUUAAUGU